GUGUUCUGCUUCUUGGCAGGUGUUUCUUUUUGGGUAAAUCAUACAGCCUUGCUGGUAUGAGGAAAGAGGCAUAUGCAUUGUACACCCGUGCCCAUUCUCUUGCUGAAGAUGCCUUGCAAAAAUUCCAGGCUACAGGCACUGGCGAUCAGGCGAUGGUCAAAGAGUUGAAGGUGUUGUGUGAGGAGUGCAGAUCCAACAUCUGCAUAGAACAUGCAACAGGGAUCAUGGAGGAACUUAAGGCUCCUGAAAAUCUCUCUAAAAAGAUAUCUAAUAUAUCGUUAACGGGAGCUGCCAAGAAGGUAUUCUUUAUCCGUUAUUGUCUUUCAUUACUACACGUGAUUGUUUUAUGUGAUCAAAAUGCAGAAUUUUUCUGUUUCGUUCAA